UUUUCUGUGUCAGAAAAGUUAAACUUCCACACCCAACCACUUAAACAUCGUCUGGACUCAUCUCUGGAUCAUCUCAACGUUGAUAACUUGGGACAGUCAUCAUGGCUAUGGUAUCAGAGUUCCUGGGACAGCUGUCUCUCAACAUUGGGGCCCAUGAGCCCACAUACCCCACUGUGGUACCUGCUAUGGACUUUGACCCUGACAGAGAUGCUGCCAGAAUAGAGACUGCUAUCAAGACCAAAGGAGUGGAUGAACAGACCAUCAUUGACGUCCUAACAAAGCGGACCUACUUACAAAGGAGAGAUAUUGCUUUUGCAUAUGAAAGGAGGGCAAAGAAGGACAUGAUCUCAGCCCUGAAGGGAGCGCUGUCUGGCAGUCUGGAAACAGUGAUCCUCGGACUGAUGAAGAGCACAACCCAGUACGAUGCCUCACUGAUCAGAGGAUCUAUUAAGGGUGCAGGAACAGAUGAAGAAACACUGAUUGAGGUUUUGUGUUCACGAAGCAAUGACGAGCUGGUGGAGAUCAAGAAGGUUUACCAAGAGUUGUUCAAGAAGGACCUGGACAAAGACGUGAAGGGUGACACCUCUGGGAACUUUGCUAAGUUGCUCUUGGCUCUGGUGGAGACCAAGAGAGCAGCACCAUCUGGUAUCGUAGACUAUGAAAAGAUUGAUCAGGAUGCCAGAGCACUCUUUGAGGCUGGGUUGAUGAUAAAAGGAACUGAUGUGCCGACCUGGAUCGCCAUUAUGUCUGAGAGAAGUGUACCCCACCUGCAAAAAGUGUUUGGGAGGUACAGGAGUUACAGCCCAUACGACAUGCAGGAGAGCAUUAGGAAGGAAGUAAAAGGAGACUUGCAACAAUCCUUCCUGGUGCUAGUGCAGUGCUUUGAAAACAAACAGCUGUACUUUGCCAACAGACUUCAUGAAGCCAUGAAGGGUAAAUCAGCCAAAGAGAAGAUAUUGACCAGAAUUAUUGUGUCACGCUGCGAGGUGGACCUGAAGAAGAUCUGUUCUGAAUACAAGGCCAAUUAUGGAGAGUCUCUGCAAAAGACUAUUUUGGAACACACCAAAGGAGACUACCAGAAGGUGAUGCUCAGCCUGUGCGGACCAGAACAGUAAAAAUAAAUCCUCAGUAUCUUUCCAUCACUGGAAAGCUGGGCUUAUGAAUAUCAUACUUGAAAGAAACUUGUCUGCACACAUUUAUUUGAAUGCAACAUUCAAGGAGAUGCAUUUAUCUUUUUCAUACAAGAAGAAUCUGUAUAACGGCUUACUUUUGUUAUAACGGCUUGCUUUUGUUAUACCAAAACAGCAAUAAAAUUGUUUAGUUGGA